AUGAGGCGGAAGGAGAAGCGGCUUCUGCAGGCGGUGGCGCUGGUGCUGGCGGCCCUGGUCCUUCUGCCCAACGUGGGGCUCUGGGCGCUGUACCGCGAGCGGCAGCCCGACGGCACCCCCGGGGGAUCGGGGGCGGCGGUGGUCCCGGCGGCCGGACUGGGCUCCCACAAUCAGCAGAAGAAGAUAUUUUUCGUGGGAGAUGGGCAGAAGCUGAAGGAUUGGCAUGACAAAGAAGCCAUCAGAAGGGACGCCCAGCGCGUAGGAAAUGGAGAACAAGGGAGACCUUACCCCAUGACCGACGCAGAGAGAGUGGAUCAGGCGUACCGAGAAAAUGGAUUUAACAUUUACGUCAGCGAUAAAAUCUCCCUGAAUCGCUCUCUCCCUGAUAUUCGGCACCCAAACUGCAACGGCAAACGCUACCUGGAGACACUCCCCAACACCAGUAUCAUCAUCCCCUUCCACAACGAGGGCUGGUCCUCCCUUCUCCGCACCGUCCACAGCGUGCUGAACCGCUCACCCCCGGAGCUGAUUGCCGAGAUUGUGCUGGUUGAUGACUUCAGUGAUCGAGAGCACCUGAAGAAGCCACUUGAAGACUACAUGGCCCUUUUCCCCAGUGUGAGGAUUCUUCGAACCAAGAAACGGGAAGGGCUGAUAAGGACCCGAAUGCUGGGGGCCUCGGCAGCAACGGGAAAUGUGAUCACAUUCUUGGACUCGCACUGUGAAGCCAAUGUCAACUGGCUCCCCCCCUUGCUCGACCGUAUCGCUCGGAACCGCAAGACCAUCGUUUGCCCGAUGAUUGACGUGAUUGACCACGAUGACUUCCGGUACGAAACACAGGCGGGGGAUGCCAUGCGGGGCGCUUUUGACUGGGAGAUGUACUAUAAGCGGAUCCCAAUUCCUCCAGAACUGCAGAAAGCUGACCCCAGCGACCCAUUUGAGUCUCCCGUGAUGGCCGGUGGACUGUUCGCUGUGGAUCGAAAAUGGUUCUGGGAACUGGGCGGGUAUGACCCAGGCCUGGAGAUCUGGGGAGGGGAGCAGUAUGAAAUCUCAUUCAAGGUGUGGAUGUGUGGGGGUCGCAUGGAAGAUAUCCCCUGCUCCAGGGUGGGCCAUAUCUACAGGAAGUACGUCCCCUACAAGGUUCCGGCUGGAGUCAGCCUGGCCCGGAACCUGAAGCGAGUGGCGGAAGUGUGGAUGGAUGAGUACGCGGAGCACAUUUACCAGCGCCGGCCCGAGUACCGCCACCUCUCGGCAGGGGAUGUCGCUGCCCAGAAGAAGCUGCGCAGCUCCCUUAACUGCAAGAGUUUCAAGUGGUUUAUGACCAAGAUCGCCUGGGACCUGCCCAAAUUCUACCCACCCGUGGAGCCCCCGGCCGCGGCUUGGGGGGAGAUCCACAAUGUGGGCACAGGACUGUGUGCUGACACGAAGCACGGGGCCCUGGGUUCCCCACUGAGGCUGGAGAGCUGUGUCCGGGGCCGCGGGGAGGCUGCCUGGAACAACAUGCAGGUGUUCACCUUUACCUGGAGAGAGGAUAUCCGGCCCGGAGACCCUCAGCACACCAAGAAGUUCUGCUUUGAUGCCAUCUCCAACACCAGCCCAGUCACCCUCUAUGACUGCCACAGCAUGAAGGGCAACCAGCUGUGGAAGUACCGCAAAGACAAGACCCUGUACCACCCUGCCAGCGGCAGUUGCAUGGACUGCAGUGAAAGUGACCGCCGGAUCUUCAUGAACACCUGUAACCCCUCUUCUCUCACCCAGCAGUGGCUGUUUGAACACACCAACUCGACAGUCUUGGAAAAAUUCAACAGGAACUGAGCCCUCACGUCUCCUCAGCAGGCCUGGUGGAGUCGUCCCUGGCCCCGCCGCAGCCUUCCCCUCCCAAGGGAGGCAGGGCUUCCGUGGGCACCGUGAUGUGAGAGGUGCUGGCCAGCCGGUCCAGGGCACAGAGGGCUCUGAAAGCUGGUGCAAGGUGUCCGCCUGGUCCCUAAAGCCCAGGGGUGGAGGUGGGGUGGAAAACAGACCCCACAGGAGCCCCCACAGAGAGCAGUGCCUGCUUUAACCCCGGAUGGCAUCAUGGAAAUCCCGGAGGGCCUUUUUGGCUUUGUUACCUCUGGCCCUUGAGCUUUAUGUGGGAGGAAUGCCAGGGCAGCCCUAGGCCACCCCACAGUGGGUCCCACAAGGUUGCCUGGCCUUCGCAUGGCUUAUCCGGGAUGGUCCUCCAGAAAAGGGGCAGCUUCUGCCUGUCUGGGCAGCUUGUAGCACCAGUGCCCUCAUCUGCCCCAGGAAGGGAGGGAGGAGGUUUUUCUGGGGGCCGCCGGUGCCAGACAUUCAGUAUCUUG